UAAACGGUAUUUUUUGUGUGAAAUGCAUGCACAUUUUAAAUAACUUGCAUAAAGACAUCCAAAACUGAAACUUGACCUUUGGUUUCUCUGCUGCUUGUAUACAAUGGCUGAGAAAGUUGGAUGUGUCACUCAUUUAAGCAGUGAGCCAAUAAUGCGUAUUAGAUAAAGACCUCACGCUUGACUGCAUUGGAUUAGUGUAAUCUCAAUCGCAAUCCCGACGCAGGGCUCACAUCCCAUUUUCAGCACGGCAGAGCAACGAGAUGGAGGCCAGCGUUCUUCGUUGGGCCGCUCUCCUUUUCUUCCUUGUCCUCUUGCAGGGAAGAGGAGAUCCUGCAGGUGGAGGAGGAGAUGCAGGAGGAGGAUCAGCAGAUCCAGGAGACAUGGACCAGCAGGAACGUGCAAGCGUGUACCUGCGACUGUGAGGCCAUGGUGCCCACCAGCCUCUCCGAGACCGUCGCGCCCACCUUGCCGCCGGAGCCAUUUCAAGGCCAACCAUUGACUUGCAUGCCAGAGUGUCCGUACCACAGAGCCCUGGGCUUCGAGUCCGGCUGGGUGACGUCGGACCAGAUCAGCAGCUCCCAUCAGGACCAGUACAGCAGCUGGUACUCCUCCUGGGUCCCCAACAAGGCUCGACUCAACAACCAGGGCUUUGGGUGCGCCUGGUUGUCCAAGUACAACGACCAGCACCAGUGGCUGCAGAUCGACUUGCGGGAAGUGGGCGCGGUCUCGGGCAUCCUGACGCAGGGUCGCUGCGACUCGGACGAGUGGAUCACCAAGUACAGCAUCCAGUACCGCACGGAGGAAACGCUCAACUGGGUCUACUACAAGGACCAGACGGGAAAUAACCGGGUCUUCUACGGAAAUUCGGACCGCUCGUCCACGGUGCAGAACCUUCUGCGCCCGCCCAUCGUGGCACGCUACAUCCGCCUGCUGCCUCUGGGCUGGCACACCCGCAUCGCCGUCCGGAUGGAGCUGCUCAUGUGCAUGGCCAAGUGCGGCUGAGUGACCUGCCGGGACGACAC